AUGUUUUCGCCAGCUGCGUCGCCUACGAGCUCACCAGUGUGCUCGCCCGUGCGAUCGACGUCGAAGGCGUCGAAGAUAUCAAAGCAGCUAACGACUCAGCUGGACCCGGACCUCCUCCGGGCAGUGUCGCUUGACCGAGCCCUGACGGGCUGGGGCAGGCACUGGGAGACCCCGGACAAUGGUAUGUUUAAUGUGGAUCCAAAGAACUACGACCUUAGCCAGCCAAUCGAAUCCUUGGACGUGUUCCUCAGCCAUGACUGGGCCUCGAGUGGAAAGCAAAAGUUCUUGUCGCUGCUCAUCGUUUACAACUCACGUGCUGCUUUUCUGGCAUGCCUUGUGAUCAGCGUCCUUGUCGGCGUGCUGCGGGGCUACAGGGUGCUGCCAGAUGAGGGCUGGACUGUGGUGAUUGGUCAUGGCAGCUAUCUCUUGGUUUUCCUCUUCUGGCAGCGCUUGCGGACGCUUGUUUGCAGACCUUUAAUGGUAUUCCUGGACAAGCUCUGUGUGGCUCAGCAUAAUGAAGAGUUGAAGCAGAAAGGCAUCGAAGGCAUCGCCGCCUUUCUUCUGAGCUCUCGGCAGCUCAUGGUUUUGUUGACACCACGCGGCCCGUUGUGA